CUCGAGUCGUUUGCAGCGAUCGCGGAUCACCUGUGUUGCCGGAUGGGUGAAUCGUAGUGUACACAACGCGAUGGAGUGAGUGGACAUCGAAGACAGCCUCCCAGGCCUCUUGUCCGCCGCAAUGGAGGGAGCAGAAGGUGCAUCUGCAGCGGCCCAUCCAUCAGAUGCCGACGGCGUCCAUGAUCAGCCGAUGCCGCCGCAACACGAGCCGGAGCCGACAGAAGAGCAGAAGCCAGCAGCAGUAGAGGAGGAGGAGGAGCAGCAGCAGCCACACGACCAGCCCGCACACCCUUCAUCGGGUGACGCUGACGUCAUGAUGGAUCUCACCGACGACCAAGAUGCCGCACAUGCACCAGCACAGGCACCGGCACCAGCACCAGCAGCCGACAAGGCGCCGCACACGGGCCGUCAGAGGACCAUCAAUGAGAUGCUUGGCUGGCCUGAGAGCAAGACAGACGACCAGGAGGGAGGGAAGAAGCGAGCGGCUGACGGCGAUGUGGUCGACGGGAAGCCCAAGAAGCGCAAGAAGGCGGCGGGCAAGCAGAAGGGUGGAGAGGCCAAACCCAAGGGGGCCAAGGGGGCGGCCAAGGGCAAGCCCUCCCCAUCGGCAGACCAGCCACCAUCGCAUGCUGCCGCCGAUGACGGUCCCCAGCCAUCCCAGCCAGCCGACCCACCACAGGCGGCUACUGCGGCUGCAGGGUCGUCAUCGUUCCAACCGGCGGCUGCCAAGCCACACCCCUUCUUCGAUCCGUCCCACUAUCAGAGCGCUGAGGUGCAGGCGGAGAUGCGCAAGGGCGGCAAGAAGGACAACAAGAAGAAGAAGGACAAGGACGAUGGCCCUCCAGAGGGCAAAGGGGGCGGCGAGGGGGGUGGUGCCGGCGAGAAGAAGGACAAGAAGGCCAAGAAGGCCAAGGCGGCCCCCAAGAGGAAGAAAGCAGCCAAGGCCAAAGACAAAGCGGCCGAUGACAACAAGAAGAAGAGGAAACAGGCGCCGACCCUGUCCACGGCCAAGAAGGCCACCGACGAAACAAGCGCCGACGCUCCAGUCCUACCAGCGCCCCCAGCAGCAGCUGCAGCAGCGGCAGAGCAGCCGAUCCUGAUCGAGUCGCCAGCCAAAGGAGAGCAGCCGAGGCUGCCCUUCUUCUCACUAUCGGUCAAGCGCGGCGACGGGGGGCAGAUGCAGCUGGGCGGCAUGAUGCAGACGAUCGGCCACACCGUCAAGAGCACCAUGCCCGUCACAGACCCGCCAGAGUGGCCGACCCACAUACGGCCGAGUGCCCAAGACAACGAGGCGCAGAGCGGAGCCAUCGCAGCCAUGGCUGAGGGGCGGGUGCCGUCGCUCCCCGGCACUGGCAAAAAGGGGCCCAUGUCAGAGCGCCUCCUCUCCUUCCCCCCAGCUCAAGACGACGACCACGCCACCGCUUCCCAGCAGCCGGCAUCAGCAGAUGAGAGCCUUCUCUCUUCUCGUUUUGCCACCAUCUUGGCGCAGGUGCGGCAGGAGGAGCAGAUCGACAUCACCGACAGCCCGCCGUCGCAGCCACAGCCGGUGGAGCAGGAGCAGCCGUCAGCAGGGGAGCUGUCGGACGACGCCAAGAGGGCCAUUGGCGAGGUGGUUGCGCGCAUUGUGCGGGGCAGUGGUGUUGGGAUGGAUACGGGCGCAAGGAUGGGUGACGGCGGUGGCGGUGGCGGUGGUAGUGAGGGAGGUGAUAGUGCGGGAGAUGGUGAGGUAGCGUGGGCCAUGCGGCUGGUGGAGCGGCUGUGCAAGCGGAGGGCCGCCGCCGCCGCCGCCGCUGCUGGUGGAUCAGCAUCGGGGACACCGCUGUGGAGUGCUGUGUACAGGUAGGUAGGUGGGUGGGCAUGCAUGGCAAGAGAGGGAGGGAGGGGAAUGUGUAUGUGGGUAUGUGUGUUCUAUAGUGUGGAGGAAGUGGACGAUUGGUUAGGUGACCCCGACAGCGUCGCGACCCUCCUGCAGUUCUUCAACGACUGCAAAGACCGUAUCACCGACGCGCAGGAGGCAGCACGUGAGCGACACUCGCCAUUAUCGGCCACCACACAUCCACAACCACCGACCACCUCGUCCAUAUCGAGUAGCCACCUGCUGUGCCCUUGUUGUGACAGAGCUGCGUCGUCACGAGUCGUACGAUUGGUUGGAUGACGGCGACUUCGUGCCUGAGGAGCCGCUGCGCGGGCGGCGUGGGCCGCCUCCCUCGGUGCUCUACGUUCAUGGCCCCCCUGGCUGCGGCAAGACCGCCCUGGUGCAGCUGUGCGCAAAGAUAGCUGGCUUCCAGGUAAACAAAAGGAGUCAUGUCACCUCAUGAGUGGGUACAUGGGUGUGGCAAGUGCGGUGUGUGGUGUGGCUGAUCAGGUCGAUAGUGUAGAUCCUUCUGAGUUGGUGGAUUCCUCCGUUUUGACGAAGCGCUUCGAGGCGGCCAAAUGCCAAGACAUACGACGGGUAGGCAGGGCACACACACACAGGCACCAUGCAGGCAAAGCACCCCACCACAUCUCUCCUGUCGCCCUUGUUUCGUUGCAGCAGCCCCCACCAAGGCCAUCCGCCGCUGCCCUCCUCUUCCCCCCUCCUGGCCCCCCUCGCCGGCCCCCCCGCCCCGCUCGCCCGGCUCGAACACGCAACAGCCCCCUGAUAUCCAUCGACGAGGAGCCGGAGGACCUCGACGGCCACGAUGGGCCCGACAUCGACAUGGCCCCCCGUCGGCGGAAGCGGGGCAAGAACAAGAAGAAGCCAGCCGACAGCAGUGACGAUGAGUGGGUGGGCGAGGGAGAUGGAGAUGGAGAUGAGAGUGAAUAUGGCCAUGACGACGAGGCGCCAAAGGCCCGCGCCAAGGGCAAGGGCAAGGGGAGAGGGAAGAGCAAGGCGAAGGCCAAGCCCAAGGGGCAGCUGGGCAUCCUGGGCUUCCUCAAGAUGCCACAAAAGAAGGAACCUCAGAGAGGGGGAGAGGAGGGUGAGGGAGAGGGCAAGAGUGAGGGGGCGGGUGCGCCGGUGGUGGCCAUCAAGGAGGCCUCAGAUGAGGGCGACGACGAGCAGCUGCCCGCCAAGAAGAAGAAGAGACGACGGCUCAAAAGGCAGGGUAAACACCUGAGCACCAGCAAGCAUCUCGUCUCUUCACUCUCUAUGUCUGGUAUCCCAUGGAUCGAUGUAUGCAGUGUCUGAUUCGGAUCACCACGAUGCUGCCGAGGAUCGCGACCAAGAGCAAAAGCACCAGCAGGCCGCAGCAGCUGAAAUCGCAUCCGAUGCAGCCCGCUCCCAGCAGCCAUCGUCGCCCUCAUUCCGGCUGCUUCUGGUGGACGACACGGAUACCCUCUCCCCCAAGAACCUCCCCGCCCUCCACAGGCUCACCCAGCACAACCCCACCGUGCCGGUGGUGCUCAUCGGCGGCGGCCAGCCGUCCAUCAUCCCCCCCGCUUUCAGCUCCUUCACGUCAUUCCGCGUCCCUCCGCCGUCUCCCCGUCUCGCCGCUGCGUUGCUGGCCGCUCUCGUGCUCAUUGAGAAGACACGCACCGAGGGAACACCGCACAGCGAUCUGGCGCAGUGGCCGCCUGUGGCGCGAUUCCUGGCUGCCCCGUUCAAGGGCGACGUGCGGCGGCUCCUGAACCAGACGCACCUGGCCAUGGCGCAGAGCAGCGGGAUGAGCGUGGAGCGCAUUGUCGACGUGAUCACGGCUCUCCCCUUCUCGACUCUUGCUGGCGCGUUGAGGAGUGGAGGUGGGGUGUCGGAGGGAUCGCGUGACGAGCAGAUGUGGUGGGCCGUCGAGGAGAUCCGCGCCGCCGAGGCCAUCCCUGUGUCGACUGACGAUGACAUGCCCCCACUGCCCUUCAGCCCUUCCCCUGCCUUCAUCUCACCCCCGAUCGACGAGCCCGCGACGCACACCACAGACGCAGUGCGGCCCCGAGGUGGCAUGGAGCCGCUCUGGGUGGGGGCACCAUCACCAGCUGACAUCGACAGUGACACGCUGGAAGCAAUGACGUCCUGUGCUGACAUGUGGGUGCACAUCGAUGUGUGCGAGUCUCGGCUGCGGCGUGCGUACGGUGGUGAGGGGUGGGUGGGGGGAGUGGCGGAGGGCGAUAGGGACAAGAGCCCCAAUGGGGGUGGGGCUGGGGGUGUCGCGCAACUCGAUGAGGAGCAGGAGACGGAGUUGGACACCGAGAAGGCGGCCAAUGCGGCCCUGCAGAGGGGGCGGUGGCAGCUGGUGUACUCGAGACACGACUACCUCCGCAACAUGGCAGAGACCCCGGCGGCACAUGGUAGGCAAGCAGCCACUGGGGGAAAUGUCACACAUACACACAUGUGUUGUCAUUCUUCCUAUUUGCUGUUUGUGCAGCGUCUUGGCGCAUAGAGGAGUGGAGCGCAGCGAUGCAGUUGUCGAUAAUGAGCACGCUCUCCACACCCUCAGCCCAACAGGAGGACAAGGAGGGAGGGGGGCAGACCGACCCCGCCACUCUGUGGCUGCCUCGCCUGCAGACACUGCCGCCGUCGCCCGGGCACCUCCCAGGUGCGUCCAUAGCACAGAACACGACACAACGAGCUCCAUCCACUGCAUGUCUGUCUGUCCUCAUGUCGCCUUUCCUCAUGUAGUAGCGGCCAACCCCCUGCACCAUCUCUCCGUGGGCAUCCUGUGCCCCCCCUCCCGCUCGCCCAAACCCGUCCCCUCCAGCAGCGCCUUCUUCGACGCCUUCACGUCCUACCUCCCACUCAUGGCCGGCAUCGCCCGUCUGGACUCUGAGCCACACGCAAAGGAGCGGCAGUUCAUGACCCAGUGGCUGAGCGCCUUCAGAAAGCCGGACAAUGAGGACGGGUUUGACGACGAGGGGAGCGAGGAGGGAGGGGUGCGGACCAGGGCCAUGAAGGAGAGAGAUCGAGACCGGGGCAACGGCAAUGGGCGGCCGGACGGAGAGGCCAUGCGGUGAGAAGGGAGGGAGGGAGAGAGGGAGGAUGUCUCGCUGCGAUUGUGGCUUUUGGUUGAUUUUUCUCCCUGUUUGUCUCUCUCUAUCCUGUCGUGGUCAUCAUUCAUUCAUUCAUUCGUUCAUUGCAGCAAGCAGACGAGCGCUCUGGCGAGGAAAGUAGCAACAAAGCAGCAGAAGAGCCAUGCGGUACGCGAACGGCACAACACAUAACAUAUAUACAACACAUUCACACAAUAGUACCGACCGACCCUUUGUUCUUCCUUUCAUCUGCAGCUAGAGCUUGGCCACCUGAUGGCCCACCUCGACACCCGCUUCCCCCGCGCCGCCCGAGCCAUCAGCACUACCGAUGCUGGCAGGAGAGACCGAGACCGAGCAGAUGUGGUCAUGACGCCCAGCCAAGACGACGCGUCGGGGCUGAGCGGAGGGGAGGGGGAGAGCGAGAUCCCCUCACACCACCACGACGCGAGUGAGAAUGACGCCCCGAUCGCUCCUGUAGAUGUGGCGCAGCUGUCGAGCGACGCGCAGAUGCUGUUCGGGCCUGACAUAGAGCGCGAGAAUCAGGCGCUGAGGGAGGGGGGGCAGCAGGCUGGUGCCGAGGGAAGGGAGCGAGGAGGAGGGGAGGGGGCGGGGUGA